UAUCUUUUUCUUUUCAUAUAUCUUUGUUUCUUUUUAAGCAAACACUACAUGUACACCUCCAAAUAUACAUCUUUCUUCAUUUAACAACAACCUUACUCUUUCCUAAAUUGUUUCUUUUACAUCGUAUUCAUUAAUUCGUACACAAACACAUAUAUGGAACCUGCGGGAUGGCGCAACGAUGGCUGUACUAGUCUUGUUGGUGAUGUCGAUUUGUCGGGACAAAACAAUAAUAAUUAUGAUUCUAAUAAUAAUUUCUGGGACAAUAUUAGUACUAAUGUUAUGCGUACUACUACUACUACUACUACUACAUGUUAUGAUGAUUGGACCAAUCAGGCAGCUGCCACCAAUGUACCGGCCACCACGAGUGUAGUACACGCGUUUCUAUUAGAUUCAAAUACUUCAAACCUGUCGGACCCACAUAUGAUGUGUUUGAAGUUAGGGAAAAGACACUAUUGUGACAACACGGUUGUUUUUCCUGGCAGUUAUGUGGCGGCUGGAUCCGCCAAAAAAUGCAGAUCGCCGUACUCGUGUUAUGUGACGGCGCCGGUCGCAAGGUGCCAGGUGGAAGGAUGUCACGUGUCACUUGAUAAUGUGAAAGAGUAUUAUAGGAAACAUAAAGUGUGUGAAGUACAUUCAAAGGCUCCGAGGGUUGUGGUAUUGGGUAUUCAACAACGAUUCUGUCAACAAUGUAGCAGGUUUCAUGGAGUGACGGAGUUCGAUGAAGCAAAGAGGAGCUGCAGAAGACGAUUACAAGGACAUAAUCAGCGAAGAAGAAAACAGCUGCCGCAAGGAACUCAUUCCAAUUUUCUCCCACCCAACUUUCCUCACUCUCAAGAAAAUCAUUCCAUGAUGGAGCAACUACCACUUCAAGGUUUGUUGUCUACUACGUGGUCAACACCACCAGAAUAUUUAGAGCAAGGAUAUGCUGCUGCUGCUCGCUCUCUUCUGUCAUCUCCGAAAAUUGAACCCAGCAGCUGGAUCUCUUCGGGCGACCUGUCCUCAAGAUGCAGCGACGCUCUUUUUGAGCUUAUUGUAGCCAAUAGAGUAUCUACGGUUGCCAGGCAGUUUCUAAGUCAUCAUCAAAAUACUUCUCAUCAAGCAUUGGAUUUCGGCCUUUUGUCCAUGAAGGGGAAGUCUAAGGACCCAGAAGAGUGGGCCGAGUAUAUAUCGUAAUUG